AUGACUGGCCGUGGAAAGGGUGGCAAGGGUCUCGGCAAGGGCGGUGCCAAGCGUCACAGAAAGAUUCUUCGUGACAACAUCCAGGGCAUCACCAAGCCCGCUAUCCGCCGUCUUGCUCGUCGUGGUGGUGUCAAGCGUAUUUCUGCUAUGAUCUACGAGGAGACCCGUGGCGUCCUCAAGUCCUUCCUCGAGGGUGUCAUCCGUGACGCCGUCACCUACACCGAGCACGCCAAGCGCAAGACCGUCACCUCUCUCGACGUUGUCUACGCCCUCAAGCGCCAAGGCCGCACUCUCUACGGUUUCGGUGGUUAAACACCUUCGCCGAUUACCUAUUGAUAAUCAAAGCGUGUUUUCUCUUUAUUCGCGGUCGGUUUUUUCACAACAUAUUUGGCAUGAUGGACACACAACCAGAUCAGGGAUGGUGGUUAUAAGCUCUGUGUUUUUUGUUCAGGCUGGCGUUUAUGGAAUACUCGGGAGGGAGGGGGGAACAUUCAUGGCGAUGAAUGAUUUGCAAUACCAGGCAGAAGAACAAAUGAACAUAAUACCCUACUUUUGUGUUUAGACCUGAAAUGUGAUGUGAUGUGAUGAUAUUAUGGUGUUUUUGGGUAUCUAACAACCCUGUCCUCUUCCAACAACGAACGUGUGUGAUCAUUCGCGUCUUG